UGUAUGGUAUGCAGUGGGUAAAUUGGUUCACCGGGUAAAUUGCUGCUUAGUUGUAAAUUCAAUCAUCAGCCGGUACCCCUCAAUUCGGAUUCACCUCAUUACUGCCGACAGCAAAAUUUUCGGAUUUCUAUUAUUGUUGUUUAUCAUUGUUUGAUUUAGUUUCUUAUAAAUGGAAUCUAGAGUGGAGCAUAUUUUGUACUUAAAUGUAAUUUGGAAAGCGAAGCUUGCCAUACUUUUGCGUAACGAUGUUCGCAGAUGAUGCGUUUACAAACUUUACUGCUUAGGCCCUAGGUCUAUAGCCUUCUGGUUCGAAUGUGGGUAUUAGUGAAGGUGAGCUCUUCUGACUGAGGAACCAUGAAUAAGAGGUUAUUGGGUGAUUAGAUUGACAUGCUUCGAGAACUCAAAGUCACUACUCUGGAAAGCAUGGAAAGAUCAACCACUAUACUAGCAACUAGACUUGGCACUAGUGAUCGACUGAUGCAGACUCCAACUAAAGAGGUCAAGUACCAACAGGCCUAAACAGCAGUCGUUGGUCAGUGUGGCUCAGCAGAUUUCAUCUUGCAUUCUACAUGUACACGGUGUCCAGCGCAACUUCAUGCACAGCUGGAGCCCAUGAGAGCCCAACAUUGCUUCCUUGAAAGUACAUGUAUGUACCAAACACCUUAUCUUUCACUAGUCCAGACAAAUUGCCUCCAGCAGCAAGACGGGAAGGUAUUUUAACGUAUUCAUCUUGUGUAAUCAGCAUCAAAUGUCAGUUGAUCAAUUUUUUAUUGAUAUUAAACAUUGUCUUGAGAACAAAAUCCAGAUAUUCAAACUCGUGAAUGAAAAUGCAAAAUGUGGCUGCUUUCCAAUCUCUUAUAUUGUGAUGGGUGAAGUGAAUUGAAAUGAGGAAAUUUUAAUGCAAAUGAACAUUUUGCAAUGGAUACCAAAAGAACAAUAGAAGACAAUAGCCUGUUGCAGUCAGCAACAUCUGACGAUGCAACAUCCAGUGAACACCCUGGUGACAGUUUGGUAGCAAAUGGUCAACGGAUUCAGACAGACACAUCUAAAAUGGGCACAGAUGAUGGCCACAUUCUCUCGUGGGGCUGCGGGGAGUUUGGACAACAUGGACAUGGGCACAUGGACAACGUCAGCCCUGAUGGUUCCCUAUUGAAGCACUUCUACGAACAGAUAGCCAAGAUGGCGGGUACCAGAGAAGGCUUACCCAGAGGAGGGACUGUUCCAAGGCUGAAGACUUUUGCAUGCGGAGCCAGUCACACAAUUGUUGUGACAGCCUCAGAUCAAGUGUACUCCUGGGGUAACAGCAACAGUGGCCAACUUGGUUGUGGUGACAAGGAGACACACUUGACCCCACAGCGGGUGCGGCUACCAGGGGAGGCUAAGGCAUCACCCAUCAAGGGGCUUGCCUGCGGCAGCAGACACUCCGUCCUCUGGCUAGAGAACGGCCUGUGCUUCAGCUGGGGCAACAACUUCUACGCCCAGCUGGCCUACGACUUCCGAAUAGAGAACUACAAGGACAACCAGGCUACCCGUCAAUUCCUGCUGCAACACUUGGUUAGAAAAAACAUCUGCGAUGAGGUGUUGCCCCACUUACUGCGGCCCAUUGCACACUUGAAAGUGACACAAGUGGCUUGUGGAGAGAAACAUAGUCUGUUCCUGUACGAAACCAGCAUAGUGGCUGCAUGUGGAUGUGGCAACUUUGGUCAACUGGGAUCUGGUAACCGUGCCGAACUCGUUUCUCCCAAGGUUCUUGAAUUGCCGGAAGGGGUAGCGUUCAUUGCUUGCGGUGCCAACCACAGCUUGGCAGUCACUGCCACUGGAGAACUUUACACCUGGGGUUUUGGCCGGGCCUGUGGACGGCGCAGGGAGGAUAUUCUGCAGCCAGCACGCAUAAUGACACGCCAGUCCAAUGUGAUUGCGGCAACUGGAGGGAGCGCGCACUCUGUGGCACUGACAGCAAAUGGCACUGUCUACACCUGGGGAGGAGGUACUGAAGGUCAGCUGGGUCAUGGGUCAAAGGUCCUGUACCUUGGUGAGCCGCGGCCACUAUCCCAUGAUGCACUGCCAAGGGUUUCACAAAUUGCUUGUGGUGACUCCUACUCGGCCGCAGUCACACCCAACGGCACCCUGUACAUGUGGGGUAAGAACAGCCACGUGAUCCCCACCUCUGAUAAGCCAAAGCCCUACUGCCAGCAGCCCACCCCCAUGAAAGUCUCCCCAGGGGGCCAGCCUGUUGCCCGAGUAGCUUGUGGGUCCUGGCAUGCCAUGGCAGUGGUAGGCACACCUGAAUGGCAACCUCUUCAAGAGGAUUCUGAAGAGGAGCUUGAUCCAAACAUCUCAAUAGGAAUGUGGGGAGAUGGUGAUUUCUCAGACAGUAUGGAAGUUGGCGAAGGUAAAGACAUGACACCCGAAGAUGCAAGCAACUGUGGCUCUGCCUUUCAAGAGCAGCCAGGUUUAUCCGACCAACAAACCCACCCUGUGCAGCGUGAGGCCACCAAACUGACACUGGCAGAGUUCUACGCACCAACCCCACUCCCCGCCAUCUCCGUGCCCGAAGAUUACUCUGAUGAAAUGGACUCAGAACUGGACACUGAAAAGACAGACCCAAAAGUAGAUGAAGUAUACCAGGGAGAGCAGGCUGUUCUAAAUUCAGAGGGGACAAUGUUGGAAUUAGAUUCCCAGGCGGUUGAUGAAGCAGUAGAGGAGGAAGGUAUCCCUGCUGAAUUGGACUCUGUGGAUAAGUCACUGACAACACGUUUCUUCGUGGAUAUAAGUGGUACCUCAGUUGAACAAAGGACCCUCAAGAAUGAAGUGUUGGAGACAGAGAGGUCAAACAUAGUUAAAGGGGGAGUCUCAACCAGGAGCAAGCAGCACCAAAGCCAGCCACAGGAAUCAACCAUGGUUAGGUCCAAGACCAUGCCUGUCGUUACUCGGAAACCUCUGAAAAUGGCCUCAGCCAGCACCACAGCAGCAUUCAACUGGAGUGAUCCCCCGAAGUCCUCUCCUGAGACCGAGCCCACCAGCAGCCGAUUUGUGAUCCACAAGCACGUAUCCGUCCAGCUGAAUCGCAAGGGAGAUGGCUCCAGUGACCGGACGAGAGGGAGGAAGCCAAUUGCCCAAGUUGGGCUUCACGGUUCAGGAGAAGGUGAUGCCCUGCUCAGUCGCUCCAAGGAGAGGAACGUUAUGCCCCCGCCUCCUAAUUUCAACAGAGCCAAGACAUACUACGGCAGGAUGAGUCAGAAGAGGCCAGAAGCUGAGCCGCGGCUGUCACAGUUCCUGUCGUCUCUGCCUCCAGCACCAUCCCAGACAUCAUCUGCUCCCACCAAGCUGCAGGCUCGAAAACGUCUUGAUAAACCUACUGGUCCUUCUGAUCGUUCACCAAACUGGGUGAAACCACACUUGCUUCUUGUUUCAACUUCUGCGGAAGGGAGGGGUCAGAUCCCAGGAAAACCAGUGUUCUCCUCAGCCGCUUCGUGGAGGACAAGAAGCAGUGAGGAGGAUAUUUUGUAAGAAACGCAUCCGGAGAUGCUUUCUUUUGUAAUAUGCAUUCCAGAAAAUCUUUAGUCCAUCCCUUUUCUUAGGAUCCUCAAUCCGUCAGGCACAACCAUAGUAAAUCUUGGAAGAUGAAUAAGAUAUCCUGGAAAUCUGGAUUUAAAAAAAAAUGUGCAAUUAAGCCUUGCAUGUUUGCUUUUCUCUUUUCAAAAAUAUAUGUGAUAUCGAGUGUUUGUAAAGCAUUGCAGUAUACAGUAUUUGAAAUCGAUUUAAUAAUAUUGAGGGCUCGGGAAAACGCCAUGGUCACACUGUCACUGAAUUAUUGAGAAAGGUUACUUUGAAUAUUCAGGUGUGGAAGGUUUAAACAUAGAAAUAGCUGUAUUGCAUGUGAAGUAGCAGAAUAAAAGUGGAUUCAAGGUGGUCUAUGAGCUAGGUGCAUUUGUUUCAAGACGGCAACUGUUUAUGGAAUAACGACACUGCCUUAACCUGAAGUAUUUUUCGUGUUACUGCUUGUCUUACGAGUAGAGAGCGCGUACACACAGAAGAACUGUCUGGAUAACAUUGUUUCACGAUAUAGCUUGGUACAAGUAAUUUUGUGUACUAAGUGCCUUAUGUACAGUCAACAGCUACGAAUGAGGCAUAUUCUGUCAAAAGCAGGGCAGGAACUUCGUUUGUGAAGGGGCAAGGCAAUUUCUCCUUCGUAAUGGACACUUGAUAGAAAAUCAGCUUGUUUAUGGGAACAUUUGAGUAGGCAUCUGUUCCCGCCCUGUGAAAGCCGAUAUUUCUUGGUAGCUACUUUGGCGGAACUAUACUGUUAAGUUAGUGUUGAGAGAUGAAAACAUUUGUUUAUAUUUCCGUUUCGGUUUUUACCAAGAGACAGCUUUUUGUGAAAGAACACUUAUUUCAGAUAAAUCUGGCGAAAUAGGGUAACAACAUGGUAUGUAUAGGUUUAUCUGUCGCGAUUUGUUUGGUAUAUUCAAUAACAAGUAACAAUUUCAAAGUAAGAUUUGCGCAAAACAGUUUUAUGGCCAGCAUUGUGAAGCUACGUUUGGUGUCAUUGUUUGUGAUAUCUUCAAAUUAUGGUGGUUUUACAUUUUUAAACAGAAGCCAGUUCACACCUGUACAGUGAUAAUUUUGUUACCAUAUCAUGGACAGUAAUAUGUAUAUUAUUGCGACUGUCUAAUAUUAAAUGAUAUUGCGUAUCAAAUUAAGCAUUAAUAGAUACGCUGGUCUUUGGAGGGUGACGAAACGUUUCUGUGAUGUGCACCAAAACUUUUUCCCCUUUUUUUCCCCAGAAAAUACUUUCCUUAGUUCCUUGCUCAUACAGCUGUGUAGUUUUUAAUAUAUAGAAAGGGUAACAAAAUUUGGACUUGAGUGGAAAUACGACUGCAUUUUGGAGAAUGCUGUGUUGUGUAAAAAUGCGAAACUGUCCCGGAUUUUGGCGCGGCUUUGUCAACAGUGGUUUUGGUUUUUAAUUGUAACUACUUUAUGCUGUGAAAUGCUGUGCGACAGUAUACCAAUUUCAUAUCGAACAAAGUGGUAGGUGUAUGAUUAUUCAAGAGAUAAGAACAAAGUGGAGAGCAUUUUUCUGUAUAUUUUUGUACAUCUGUAGAUUGUACGAUUUGUCAUAUAAUUUGGCAUGAAUUAAAGAUGCACUAUGUUUGAGCAAUUUU